GAGGAAACAAAACGCUGCAAGCAGCAAGAGCCUCACAGAGAGAGCAGCAACUGGAGGGACCAAACCUCGGAGUCACUCAGGUGAUGGGAGUGUGACUGUGCUCUGCUACAUUCACCUCUCUCCAGGCUUGGCAGAGAAAAACUGUCCUUCCAUUGGAAUGGUUCCAAGGAUUACAAUUAAGGAAAUGUUCAAAACACAAUAGCUGAUCAUGGAAGAAGCCACAGAGACAGGGAUAUUUUAAACAUAAAAUUGCACAGAUCCAAGUAGAACUCUCCUGUGACCUGCUCACUUCAAGGACACGCAUCCAACAGAACCAGUUCCCAGCCAGUCGUGUACACCCCUGAAGGAAAAUGGACAUACUGAACAGCCGCCACUUUUUGUACUUUCUGCCUACCACACGCCUUGUCAUCUUAUUAGCAGCUUUGACCACUGCUGAGGAUGUGAGUAACAGCACUUUCAACCGCACUGACACACACACGGGGGCCGCGCCGCUGGUGAUGUCCCGCAUCGACCACAUCAUAGCCAAGGAGGGCAGCAGUGCCUUGAUCGACUGCAAUGUUCAAGGCAGUCCCAGUCCGCGUUACAGAUGGUACAAUUCCAAUGGCCGCCUGCUCCAAGAGGAGGAGAAUAAAGGAAAAUGGUGGUUUCUUGACAAUGGGCUACUAAACAUUACCCGCGUGUCAUUUGAAGACAGAGGUAAAUACACGUGUGUCGCAUCCAAUAGGUAUGGCAGUGUUAACAAUACUGUGACACUGAGGGUUGUUUUUACCUCUGGAGAUAUGGGAAUCUAUUACAUGAUUGUCUGCCUUGUCGCUUUUACCAUUGUUAUGAUACUGAACAUUACUCGGUUAUGUAUGAUGAGCAGUCAUCUGAAGAAAACCGAAAAAGCAAUCAAUGAAUUCUUCAGAACAGAAGGGGCAGAGAAACUUCAGAAGGCCUUUGAGAUUGCAAAGCGUAUCCCAAUUAUCACAUCAGCCAAAACGCUCGAGCUUGCCAAAGUAACCCAGUUCAAGACCAUGGAAUUUGCUCGCUAUAUUGAAGAGCUUGCUCGGAGCGUACCUUUGCCACCUCUCAUCAUGAACUGCAGGACUAUAAUGGAAGAAAUUAUGGAGGUUGUUGGUCUGGAGGAGCAAGGACAGAAUUUUGUACGGCAGGCGGCAGAAGGCCAGGAAACCACUGAGACAGAUGAGCUUUAUAUGAUCCCGAAUGCUUUGACGCGCAGUGAAUCUCCCACAGCUGACUCAGAUGCUUCAUCACUGCAUGAGCCACCUCAACAGAUUGCAAUAAAAGUGUCAGUUCACCCAUUGUCCAAGAAGGACUGCGUGGAUGGUCAGUCACAGGAAAGCAUGCAGUUGGACACCAAGGAAGAAGACACUCUUCAAACACCAGCACUUCCUGCGGAGCCCCCUCCUGAGCCUUCUGUUGAACUCAGUUCUGAUGACACAGCAUUGGCAAAUGACAAAAAUACAUGUGUUAUAUAUGAAAGCCAUGUAUGAUAGUUACUCCUGAAUCUAUGCAUAGCAGGAAAAUCAGGUGGAGCUCUUUUAAAAAUACAUAUUGUACUUGCCGCUAAGCCUUACCUGGAGACUAUCAUAGCAAAAGCAUGUAAGUGGAUUAUUUGGCACUUUCUUCUCAGUUUGAGUUUAGUUUACCAUGAUGUAUGGCAGAGUAAUUGCUAUUACAUUACUAUUAAUUGCUGUUUUUGAUUAGGAGUAUUUCCAAGAAACAUUUACCUCAGCAUUUCCUAGGUUGGAGUCAUCUGUAGUGGCCUCAUGGAAGUAACUGGUAGUCUUUGAUGUAGGACACUUGAAUUUACUAAACAUAAAACUGAUUUCCAUUUUCCUCCUUCACUCUCUUUAUUUCCAUCUAUUACAUUUUUGCAAAUAUUAACUUGUGAAUUUGAAAUAUUGCCCAAGAGGCAGCACUCCAGAAGCCAAAUAAAAUCCUAAUAGAUCCCAUUUACAAAACCUGUUUGCUCAGCUGCAUUGUGAUUUAGAGGGCUAUUAAAGAAAGUUAAAAUGCUUCCAUUUCAUUUGAGACCACACUGCUUAGCCACAUGGGAAAUAGUUUUCCCCUUUUCAUGGAACAGAGAUGCCAACGAUCAUUUGUUUUGCAUGAAGAUACAACUUUGAGGUGUAUAUUAUAGAUGGGAAACCUGUAAAACAUCUUACAGAAAGUUGCAGUUCAACAGCUCUGCAGGGUAUUUUUGCAUACAUUUGAGCAUUUUCUAUGUUGCCAGAAGCUCAUAUGGCAAACAGCUGCAAAUGUGCAAGAUGUCUUGUUUUGAAGUAAUUUGGAAGCAGUAACUAUGUACUACCUUAACAGAAGAUGUGCAGGUUCCAUAACAGUCCUGCAAAUGCUGGUAAUCAGUUGAUGACAAGGCUGAAAUGGCAAAAUACACUUUUAUUUGGCUUCUUAAUUUUGAACAAAUUCAUAUAUUCUGAAGACCAAGCCUAAAUAUAAGCAUCAAUUUGAGAGUGUUGUAUCCAAACUGGAAAAAAAAAUAUAAUCAAGUGUCCUAUAAAAUUACAAAGGCAGUCAUGCAAACUGUUAAAUAUAUGAUAUAAUUGUGUUGAGAUUUUGGGACCCUCGUACAUGUAGGAUGUUCACUGCUGGAGUACAUGUGACUCUACCCCAGUAAAGCUUUAAUGAUUGCAGAAAUUGUGGCAUUAAAAAGAUCAACAUUUCUGCCAGGAAAUGCCAGGAGUGGAAGGCAAGUGGCCAUUUGUCUUGCAGGUAGACAAUAAAAAGUACCUUUUCUGCAGUGAGUCUGGGAAGAAAGCACUUACAAGGAGUUUGUGUAAGGUUAGUAGCAUAUCACUUAAUUACCUGACGCAUUUAGUUUGGAACUAAUGAACAAACUAUCACCUUAGAGUGUUUAAGGAGGAUUGUAGUAUAAAUAUAGAUACUUAAAAUAAAUCUGGAAUCAAGUAUAUGGUAGAAAAAUAAGUCUCUUAGGUCUGUGGGGAGAUGCAUGGAUGGCUCUCUGGAUAUUUUAACAAAGCAUGCCACAUCUCUAUAAGGUGUCUUUUGGAGGCAAUCAGUUAUAUUAGCUGCACAGGUAAUCAAGACCAGACAAAGUCAAUGUUGCAGGUACAUAGAAGAGCCCUUGAUAAUAAACUGAGGUCUUAUGUCAACUUCCUCAUGUUAAAGCUCAGAGCCUCACCAGCAGUGCAAUACAGGAAUACCCCAUGACUUACAUAGGUGAUGCAGAGAAGGAUCCAUAUUUGUCUUUCUGUGGUUAUUAAAAAAAAAAAAAAAAAAAAAAAAAAGUUUAAUAAUGGUCUUCAGAUUUUACAACCAACUUGUGAGAAAUGGCAGUAUUCCAAUGUUUCAUAAUUCUUUGUGCUCACCACAGUGGCAGGUUUCUAUACAAAAUGCAUUUGCACAUGCCCAGAAGGAAACAUGCAAGGGCGAAGUCACAUUAGGAGCGUGACUAGAAAUACUUGAGUUCCAGUGAAGCAAUAUAAAUGUAAGACAGAAGUUAGUUUAAGAGACUACCAUAAAGAACCUCACUUCUGACCAGUGUGAUUGACAAUAGUAUGAUGCAAACAUGCAAGUUGACUUCUUGUCUGAGUCCAAAGGAUAUUUCUAUUUAGUGUUCACAUCAGUUUUUCAAGUUACUUGAUUUGCUUCUGAUAUGUAAACAGACAAGGGCAGAAACAAAAUCAGGAACUUGCACUAAAUCCUUUAAUUCACCUUAACCUUCUGAGAAUAGGUAUGUUGAAAUUUCUGCCUGUCCAGCAUUUACAAACAAUGGUCAUGCAUUCUAAAGUUACCUACCUGGUGCCAACUACGAUUGCACAGAUAAGCAAGGAUAUUCUCCUUGAAAGCAUAAAAAUAACUUCUAAGUUACACUUUAAAUAUUUUU